AUGCAAAUCCGAUGCAUGGGCCAUGACCACCAAUGGGCCUUCGCCGAGCAUCGAGAAGCCUCCGCGCCCGCCGCACGCCGGAGGAAAGGAACUCCCCCCGUCCCCAAAUUCCCAAAGACAGUACCGCCGAGAAGGACAGAGAGUCAGAGACUGAGAGACUGGAAGCGCCCGCGCGUGCCGGCGAUGGAGAGGGACGUCGUGCUCUCCGCACCCGAGGCCGCUGGGUCCUCGUCCUCCCCCGCCUCCUCGUCGUACUCCUCCUUCGCCGAGACCAGGGUCAUCUGCCGCGUGUGUCAGAAGCAGUUCGCGCAGUACACUUGCCCCCGCUGUAACGCCCGGUACUGCUCGCUCUCGUGCUACAAGGGUCAUAGUGUUCAAUGCACUGAAUCCUUCAUGCGUGAGAAUGUUAUGGACGAGCUUAAGCAGAUGCAACCUGAGGAUGAAUCAAAGAAAAAGAUGCUAGAUAUCCUCAAGCGGCUCCACUUGGAAGAAGAGAUGGCAUCAGAUGGUGAAGAUGAGUCCAUGCUAUCAGAGGAGCUUAUUCAAAAAGUUAUGUCUGGGGAAGAGAUAAAGCUGGAAGACCUCUCUGAUUGUGAAAUCAAACGAUUCCGUCAAGCUCUGGCCUCAGGUGAGCUCAGUAAGAUGAUUGAACCGUGGACACCUUGGUGGAAAAAACCCUCAGCCAGAUCUAUUUCCCUUGGCCCGGAUGGAAGCCAGCUUAUCAGACAAGUAAACGCAGAAGACACUGCUGUACCAUAUCCAGAUGCAAAUACUGACCAAGAGGCUAGCAUCAACGAAAUCCCUGAAGGGCCAGAAUCUCCUCUCCCGUCACUGAAACAGUUAACAAGGACAGAGCCAUCUCCUUUGCUUGCUGUCCACUUGGUUGACAUUCUGUACAGUUACUGCUUCACACUUCGGCUCUACAACGGUGAUUGGCACUCAGAUCCUUUGGGUGCUUCCACUGUCGCCCUGUCGAUGUCGAAAGUCAUGGGCCAGGAUGCUAAACCUGAGACUGUACCUGAAGCACUCGCAGCCUGCAUCGAGGAGACAUGCUCACCAGCUUACAGGCAUACUGGUGGUUUCAGGUUUGCUAUUGGACUCGUGGACGAUAUCAUCGCCAUUCUCUCCUUGGGACAGAACGCACUUAUUUGUGCCCUAUGCGACUUCCAUCGACUCGUUGAAGUUGGUAAGAGCAUGCUCAAAGUGGAGAAGGUGGGCAAGACGGAGAGGGCACAGGGCUCUCCAAAGCUUCGCAGUGCAGCUAGGAAGCUAUUCUUCAUGACUUGUUGGGUCCAUGAGCAGCCAGAUGAGGCGUGGCCAUCUUUAGCUCACAUCGUCCAGGUGCAGAAAGCAUCUAUGGAGGAGUUGGAGACCGGGAAUUGGAAGGCGGAUAGAAAGAGCAAACCACAAUCCGCGGUUCUUAUCGAGGAGCUGUAGGCAUAUGGAUGUACCACUGGAAACUGGAUCGCGAAGCUCUGUACCCUUGUGUAUCGCUCAGGAUGAAUCCAACGAGAGACCUUGUCCUUGUAAUGCAGUUAGUUGCUUUUGUGUACACUUUUUUUUUUGAAAAAAAUUGUAUUUGUUGAAAUCCUGGUUGAAGCGAUCCUGCUUUACUUUGCUUGUUAAGUUGCGGGCUGAUUUAAUCCAUGCGUUGGAGCUUAUGCAGUUCAGAUA